AUUCCUUCUCUUCUCAACCUUUUAAACUCAGUGUUCCCUUUAAGCAGCGAACUAUGGCGCCGAAUAACGUGUCCGUGGAGGGAAGCCAGCCAGUGAUCCGACGAGGUGGACCUGCUGUAGCCUCAAUUUUAGCAAUUGGCACAGCUAAUCCUGAUAACUUCUUCAAUCAAGCUGACUAUCCUGAUUACUACUUCAGAGUCACCAAUUCAGAGGACAAGACAGAAUUGAAAGAAAAGUUCAAGCGCAUUUGUGAGAAAUCAUUGAUAAAGAAGCGGCACAUGAGGUUGACAGAAGAUAUCCUCAAGGAAAACCCGAGUAUGUGUACCUAUGAUGCUCCAUCACUUAACGCACGUAUGGAUCUGAAACUUGUGGAGAUGCCGAAGCUUGGUGAAAGCGCAGCAAUAGCAGCCAUCAAAGAGUGGGGCCAACCGAAAUCCAAAAUUACUCACCUCAUUGUCAAUUCCACUUCAGGAGUAGACAUGCCCGGCGCUGAUUAUCAGCUGAUCAAGUCUCUUGGCCUCAAACCAUCCGUCAAGAGAGUCAUGCUCUACCACCAAGGUUGUUUCGCCGGCGGCACUGUCCUUCGUAUUGCGAAGGACUUAGCCGAAAACAAUCCCGGAUCACGUGUUCUCGUUGUUUGCUCCGAACUCACCAUUCCAACUUUCCGCGGUCCCUCGGAGGAUGAUAGUGCUUCUUUAGUGGGCCAAGCAAUCUUCGCUGAUGGUGCGUCGGCUGUGAUUGUUGGUGCCAAUGUGCCGGAUGAAGGGUCGGUCGAAAGACCAUUAUUUCGGCUUGUUUCUACGUCGGAAGUUAUUCUUCCUAACUCAGAAAACACAGUAGGGGGACAUUUACGUGAUUGCGGACUCACAAUUGUCUUAUCUCCGCAAGUGCCAAAGAUAAUUGGCAAAAACAUUCAAACAUGUUUGGAAGAAGCAUUGGGCCCAUUGGGAAUUAAUGAUUGGAACUCAGUGUUUUGGGUGCCACAUCCUGGCGGUGCUUCCAUUAUAAAAGAGAUAGAAGAGAAAGCUGGGCUGGAGAAGGAGAAGCUUAAGGACACUUGGAAUGUGUGGAGCGAGUAUGGAAAUAUGUCAAGUGCAACUGUGUUUUUUAUCCUGAAUCAGAUGAGGAAGAGGUCGUUGGAGGAGAAAAAGAGCACCACUGGUGACGGAUUGGAGUGGGGAGUUCUGCUUGGGUUCGGGCCAGGACUAACAGUGGAGACAGUGGUGUUGCAGAGUGUCCCUAUUGUUGCCUAGAUCGUGGAAUAAUGCUUAGUGGUAUCAACAAUACUCAGCAUCAUAACUAAUAAAAUGCGGAUUCUACUUGCGUGUUCCAUGUUGCGAGACCCCAAUCUUUAAUUAAUAUGUGACACUAAUAUGUCAUUACAUUGAUCUAGAUUGUGUCGCACAAACUAUUUUUUUUAAUCAUAGAAUAAGUGAUCAAGAUAAAAAGAACAGUUUUGUAAUUUGUUUUGUAUAAUGUAUUCAUCUUGUGUUUCUUAAUAUUUCAGUUUUAUAAUUGUAAAAGAGAGAAUGAAAAUCUCACUAUUCUCUAA